GGAGGAUGGCAGAAGGGACGGAGGCUCUGCGCUCUCCGUGGCGGACACAAUAACGCAUGAGCGCUUCCAGAGAAAAUUAACUGUUUCCCUUUAUGAACUCGGCGCAGUGAGAUGUGUGCGCUCUGAGGAAGGUUUCCUGCGAUGAAGCCUGUCAACGCGGCUGAACGUGACAUUCCAAAUUCAUCAGUGGCCGCCACUUAAACAUGAAUAUUUGUCAUUUCUAUUAAGCUGCUCCGGACUAAAAUGACAAACUGUGGCAGUGGAUGACAUUCUGCCAAGGGACCCGGGCCAAGGCCACGUGAUCAAUGGAGCGCUGGCAAUCUACAAAUGAACUGGAGGAGCGGUUGAUGCAGCAGGAAAAGCUUUUAUCCUCUGCAUGAGGAGCAGGAAAAGGCGGAGGGUUGAAACUGUAGUAAUUGAGGAACAGAUGUGGCAUGAGUGUCAUCAAUCUGCAAGCCACUUGCACAAUUUAAUACACCCAACAGAUUACAAUGUUUCCUGCUGAGAACAUUAGUGUAUUCUCCGCAGCGGAUGGCUGUCCCAACUGCAGCUCCUCCACCCACCCAGAGGUGGAUGUAGCCAAGGCGGUGGUUCUGGGGCUGGUGCUGGUGGUGUUUGUAGUGUUUGGGGUCCUUGGCAACAUCCUGGUCAUCCUGUCAGUGUUGUUCCACAACCACUGGCGCUCUGUGACACAUUACUUCAUCGCCAACCUGGCAGCAGCAGACCUGCUGCUCAGCGCCGCAGUCCUGCCCUUCUCCGCCACCUCGGAGGCUCUCGGGAGAUGGGUGUUUGGCCGGUCCUUCUGCAGCGUCUGGGCUGCUCUGGAUGUCCUCUGCUGCACCGCCUCGAUCCUCAGCCUGUGUGUGAUCUCCAUCGACCGCUACCUGGCUGUCAGCUACCCUCUGCGCUACCCUGCCAUGGCUACGGGGCGGCGAGGCCUGACAGCUGUAGCUGCUCUGUGGGGACUCUCUGCAGCAAUAUCCGUGGGCCCUCUGUUUGGCUGGAAGGAGCCCGACCCAGAAGAUGAGACAGUGUGCCGAAUCACGGAGGAGCCCGGCUACGCUUUGUUCUCAGCACUGGGAUCUUUCUACAUACCUCUGGCCAUCAUCCUGGCCAUGUACUGCCGUGUGUAUACCGUGGCAAAGAGAGAGACGAAAACCCUCCGGAAGGGCAGCAAGGGAGAAGGGGUUGAGACAGACGGGGUGAUGCUGAGGAUACACAGAGGGAACUCUGCUCAGACGGGGAAGCAGGAGGAGGGGACCCCAACACAUAAACGCACAUCCUUCUCCCUGCCGAAGCUGCUGAAGUUCUCGAGAGAAGAGAAGGCAGCUAAGACGCUCGGCAUUGUUGUCGGGUGCUUCAUUCUGUGCUGGCUCCCUUUUUUCCUGGUUUUACCCAUUGGAUCCAUCUUCCCGUCCUGUAAGCCCUCUGAAACCAUCUUUAAAAUAACCUUCUGGCUGGGUUACCUCAAUAGCUGCAUCAACCCCAUCAUCUACCCGUGCUUCAGCCAGGAGUUCAAGAAAGCCUUCCACAACGUGCUCCAUGGUCACUGCCUGAGAACCGGUAUGCCGGCUGCCAAACCACAAGGACACAUCCCCACCCACUCCUCCAGUCCUUGCCCCACGUCUAAUACCUCUGCUCUCUCAGCCCAGAACUGCAUCACUGUUAACUCGUGGGGCUGCUGCAGGGCGCUGUCAACCUCCUCGUCAUCUGUCUGCGGUCCGGAUCAGGCUCAAAGUGCACAAAUCCAGAGCAAGACUCUGCUGAAGGCGUGGUGUCUCUCAGCGAGUCGAACGUCGGUACCACAGAACCCCAACAGUCAAAGAUCAACCAAAGUGUUACGCCUGUCUCUCGGCGUCACAGGAGAGGCUGUUUGAUUGGCAUGUUGAGGCAACGAUGGAAUUUUGAGCGUCUGAUCUUGUGUUUUUUUUGGGUUUGCCUCGUGGAAAUGCUUAUGUACAACUUUUGCAUGUAUAAAUAUAUUCCUCAGAGUGCAGGGCCAGAUGAUAGCGGGACUUAAAAAGGUAACUCUGUUGCCUUAAGGCUUUAUACUAGUGUAAAGGCGAGUGUCAAAUAAAAUAUGAUUUUGGAAAGUGAAUGAAUAAUAUUUUGCCUGCACUCUGCAGCUGCUACCGACCUGCUCUUGAACCGAGUAUUACAUGUCAAAGCAUCCGAUAAGAGCAACUUAGUGGUCAACAAGAAGACGACUGUGGAGUGCAAAUGCACAGCACAAGACUUGUGGAAAAUGUCUCUACCUUUGGCUUAAAAAUGCAAGCCAAAAGCCAUUUUUGCAAGUAUGAACAUGAGGUUAGUGGGGAUCACGAUAUACACGUGAGAAGGAAUAAAACAGAAAGUAGAAUCAUAUUAAAAUGACAUAGUGAAAGAACUCCAGAGACAGGAUUUCCUACAACAUUAGUGGUAUUUCUACAGAUUGCACAAAAGCCCUUAAGGGCGCGAUACUCAUAAAUCCUGGUGUAAUUAGCACUCACUGACAGCUCUGAGAAAGUGGAAGCUGGUGUAGGAGUGUGUGUAUUACAUGUGUGACCUCCACUUUAAAGGGGCUAAACUCUCGCAGGCUUUGAUUUUGAAAUACCUGUCAUGGACAAAAAAAAAGUUUGGCGCUGUUGGAGGGAAGAGAAAUAUCAGUUGAUAUUUGUGGGAAAACCUUACAACACACCGCAGUGUGAAACAACAGCCCUUGAUGCUACCCCUCUGAAGCUUUCAGUGUUCGGUUUUUUGUUUUUG